AUGUCGCACAUCGAAAGCAAAGAGGAAGUUGAGCGUCGGAAGAUGGAAGAAGCCCUAGAAGUCAAGUCCCUCCGCCGUAUCAUCAGCGCAUACCUCAAUUAUCCUGAAGCUGCAGAAGAGGAUGUGAAAAGAUGGGAAAGGUCUUUUACAAAGCUACCGCCACACCAUAAGGCCCUACUAUCUCACCUUCCCUUGAAGUUUCAGAAGCUUAGAUGGUGCAUCGCUCAGAAUUCAUAUUUCAUAUUUGAGAUGCUAAAGAUGUUUGAGCCGCCACUUGAUAUGAGCCAGGAUGUUGAUAUUUGCCAACAUCUAGAUGAUUCGUCAGGUAGUCAUCACUUUUAUAGAUCAAGGAACCUUUGCUUCUGUGAGUCAACCUCAACUAGUGGUGGAGUAGAUUGCCACUGCUCGGCUGAACCGAGCUCUGAAGAAACCUGCAAUGGGAAGUGCCCGGCACCAACAAAAUUUAAUGAGGAGCAAGGCAUUGAUGGUUGUAAGAGCCUUCCAGACCGGGACACAUAUGCUUCUGCUUGUUGCAAUGGAAAUUUAUCUUCAUCACCUCCGGACUGGUUGGACCCAUCUAUGCAGCUGCAUGUUCCACUUGUUGAUGUGGAUAAGGUUCGUUGUAUCAUCAGAAACAUUGUAAGAGACUGGGCCAAGGAGGGUGAAAAAGAACGUGAUCAGUGUUAUAGGCCCAUUCUGGAAGAGCUUGAACGCCUAUUUCCUAAUCGAUCUAAAGAAAAUCCUCCAGCCUGUUUGGUUCCUGGCGCUGGACUUGGAAGACUUGCUCUAGAAAUUUCAUGUCUUGGUUUUGCUAGCCAGGGAAACGAGUUCUCAUACUACAUGAUGAUCUGCUCCAGUUUUAUUCUUAAUCAUACCCAAGCUACUGGUGAAUGGACAAUCUUUCCAUGGAUACACAGCAAUUGCAAUUCGGUGUCAGACAAUGAUCAGCUUCGUCCUGUCCCAAUUCCAGAUAUCCAUCCAGCUAGUGCAGGAAUUACUGAAGGCUUUUCCAUGUGUGGUGGUGAUUUUGUUGAGGUUUAUAGUGAUCCAAGCCAAGCAGGAGUUUGGGAUGCAGUUGUCACUUGUUUCUUCCUAGACACUGCCCAUAACAUUGUUGAGUAUAUUGAGAUAAUCUCAAAGGUCCUCAAAGAUGGUGGAGUCUGGAUAAACCUGGGGCCCUUGCUUUAUCAUUUUGCAGAUAUGUAUAGUCCGGAAGAUGAAAUGUCUAUCGAUCUGAGCUUGGAGGAUGUGAAAAGGGUUGCUCUUCAUUAUGGAUUUAUCUUCGAGAAAGAAUCAACUAUCGAGACAACAUAUACUACAAAUCCACAGUCAAUGAUGCAAAAUCGAUAUUAUGCUGCCUUCUGGACAAUGCGCAAGAGAACAAUGGCAACUCUGUAGUCGUUAAGAGCAUCAAACAGUUUGCAUCCUUGUGUUGUGGAAUACCAAUGAAUUAGCAAGCAUCAAAAAGUUUGCAUCCUGGUGUUGUGGAAUACCAAUGAUAGCCUUGAUUCACUUAAUAUGUAAUCCUAUUGAAGGCAUGCGUUUCUUUUGAAACGGGAGGGAGGAGUUCAUAAAGUCAUCAUUUUUAACGUGACAGAUUUAAGAGCAACUUAUAUGCCUUAAUCAUUGUAGCAGAGAUGGUAUGGAUGGCUAUUUAAAUUUAAGAUUGUCCGAGUCUCAUCAAUGUAUAAUAACUAUGAGUGUGGAUCAUCUCCAA